CUCUCGUUUGCCAAGUAUUUUGUAAGCACUUGACAGUAGCUAUUUGCAGGCACUGGAGCUAGAGCGGUGGAAAAUGGAAGAACAGAAGAGAUUAGAAGAGGCACGGUUAGCAGAGGAAGCUGCACUGGCACUUGCUGAGAAGGAGAAAGCCAAAUCUAAGUUAGCCAUUGAGCAAGCAGAAGCAGCUCAGAGGAUUGCAGAACUAGAAGCUCAGAAGAGAAUCAAUGCAGAGCUGAAGGCUUUAAAAGAAGCCGAGGAGAAGAACAAGGUAUUAAGCUCAAUGUCGGAUUCGAGGUACAGGAAAUACACGAUCGAAGAGAUUGAAACCGCAACCGAAUACUUCUCCAAAUCCCGAAAAAUUGGUGAGGGUGGAUACGGUCCGGUCUACAAAUGUUAUCUGGACCACACCCCGGUCGCAGUCAAGGUCCUCAGACCGGACGCAGUCCACGGAAGGCAACAGUUUCAACAAGAGAUUGAGGUGCUGAGUUGCAUAAGGCAUCCAAACAUGGUGCUUCUUCUAGGGGCUUGCCCGGAAUAUGGUUGCUUAGUGUACGAGUACAUGUCGAAUGGGAGCUUGGAAGACCGUCUACUCCUUCGCGGUGACACGCCCCCACUUGCUUGGCAGCAAAGGUUCAGGAUUGCAGCUGAGAUAGGGACGGGUUUACUUUUUCUACAUCAGAACAAGCCGGAGCCGUUGGUGCACCGUGACUUGAAGCCCGCCAACAUCUUGCUUGACCGCAACUUCGUCAGCAAAAUUAGUGAUGUGGGUUUGGCAAGACUGGUGCCUCAAAGUGUGGCUGAAAACGUGACGCAGUACCGGAUGACAUCUGCCGCGGGGACGUUCUGCUACAUAGACCCGGAGUAUCAGCAAACGGGGAUGCUGGGUGUGAAAUCGGAUGUCUAUUCCCUUGGGAUCAUAUACCUUCAGAUGCUAACGGCUAAAUCACCAGUGGGGCUGACACAUUACGUGGAGAGGGCGAUCGAGAAAGGGUGUUUUGGUGAAAUGCUUGACCCGGCCAUCUCUGACUGGCCUGUUGAAGAGGCUCUGGUUCUUGCCAGUUUAGCAUUGAAGUGUUCUGAGCUCAGAAGAAGAGACCGGCCAGACCUUGGGAAUGUCGUGUUGCCCGAGUUGGAGAGGUUGAGAGCAUUGGCAGAAGAGAACUCAACUCCGCUGCAGUUCUAUGGCCCGCCCUCCUCAAACUGUAGCCAAACAUCUUUGUCUCAAAUUGGGAGCACCGGAAAACCGAGGCGGUGGUCGGAGGUGUGUGGCGGCCGGAUCCGGACAGGUCUAAUGUAGUAUAAUCUCCAUCACCUCCGCCCAUUUAAUUUUUCUUUUUUCCCAAAGCUUCCCAUAUUUGUUCAUAGUUCUAACUAUAAAUUUCCCAGAUUUCCCCAAUUCCUCAAUUUAAUUUUAUGUGUAAGAAAGUUAAUUUUUGUGGUAAUAAUGGUUGAAGGAGAUGUAUGAGGGUUCACAGAAGGAAGUGAGGAUUGAGGAUCGGAAGAGAGUAGGCAUAAGGGUAAUAUGGGAAAGUCAAAGACAAUUUCAACUUUUCUUAAAGUGCGUGCCGGGUCAAACCGGGAACUUCUUUUUUGGACGGAGGGAGUAUGUUGUAUGUUCAUGCCAAUUGGAUUAACUACUUGAAUAAGACUUGUAAUGUGAUCAAUAAUGGUGCCUUUAUAUGCAGAAUUUGGAAAAACGUUUUCACGUGCAGUCUUUGCCAAUAUAGUAGAAUUUGUGGUGGAUAGAUGAAAGUUUAUGAUCAAAGUUCAUGGAUUCCUAUUAGAAAAAAGAGAUAUGGAAAAGUAAAACUGACACGCUCCCAUAUCCGACUGACAAAAACCUCAACAUCUCCCCCAACUAUUCAAAUAGUCUUUUCCCCCAAGUCUUCAUCAUCUCCAGCAGUGAUUCAAGUAUCAUCUACAAAAACUUCGAAAAUAUGCACCAACCAUUUUUUUAGGUAUUACAUUAAGGUUAUUAUAUCUCUUUUUUCUAACAGGGAUCCAUGAUAUCCAUGAACCUUGAUAAUAAACUUGGAUCUGUCCACCACUUAUUCUACUAUCCUAUUGAAGAUGGCGCACAUGAAGACUUUUUUCCAAUUCUGCAUAUAAAUAGCAUUAUUAUUA